AUGUUGAAAGGAUGGACCACGGAUACUAGAUUCAAUGGUAAAGAUCAGGAUUUGGGAAAAAAUGAUAGUGCAAAGGGUACUUUGCUUUCCUCAAGUCCCGCCCGCGCCGUCCCCUCCCACCCAGCCAGUCAACUCUCCCCAUCUCAGCUGCCCAACGAAGGUUCGCCCCUUCUGCUGCAGCCGCCGGCCCGGGCCACCCCGGCACGGGACCCGGCCCGCGCCCGCCCCUCGCAGGUGGCGCACGCGGCGAUCUCAGCGGCCACCCCCUCUUCCCGUCCCUUCCCCCCCACCGGCGCCCCACCACACACCCGGGGCGGCGUGCGCUACCCGAGCGCUCCGCGGACCCGGCGCGAGCGCAGCCUCCCGUGGAAAGCCCGAGGAGGAAGAGAAGCGAGAGGCGGCGUUCAGGAAAUUAAUCGGGGCCGCGAGAGCCCGCCUCACCCCUAG